AUGGUUCCAUGGUCAAAUUCUUGGCUUGUACCAGAAACAAAAGGAGCAAUUGUACAAGGUGGAUAUGGCCAUACUAGUGUCUAUGAUGAACUGACAAAAUCUGUUUAUGUCCAUGGUGGAUACAAAGCAUUACCUGGCAAUAAAUAUGGAUUGGUGGAUGAUCUUUACAAAUAUGAAGUUAAUACUAGAACAUGGACUAUUCUGAAAGAGAGUGGUUUUGCAAGGUAUCUACAUUCAGCUGUCUUAAUCAAUGGAGCUAUGCUCGUUUUUGGUGGAAAUACUCAUAAUGAUACUUCCCUGAGUAAUGGAGCGAAGUGCUUUUCUGCUGACUUUCUUGCGUAUGACAUAGGUUAA